AAUUGAAAAAAACUGUAAUGCUGUUUACUUUCAUAUAGAUUCAGUUUACAUUUUGGCGUUCAGGAGGUCUCAGUUCACCCGUGGGAGGGUGUUGUAGUUGUAACGGGUGACACAUUGAUCUAAAACCCGCGGGGCGACACAAGCGUGAGCGCAACUCAUGACGCGUUUGGCGUCUCCAAAGAAAAGCUGCAUUCAGCAGGAGACAGGCUUCAGUUAUCAAAGACGAGUAGCCCAUUAAAAGUCUCGAACCUGUUAAUUAAUUACCUUCCAGCGAACUUGUGGGAAACAGAGAGAGCAUUUCAGCUACUGUUUUUUACUAGAUUUGUUCUUCACAAGCUAUUUGUGAGCUGUAGAACUACGAUCCAAAAUAAAUGAUCUCAAGUUUUAAACUUCAUUUCGGUAAAUAGGACAAUUAAUGAACUUUUCUUGACUUGAAUGAAAAUGAAGACGUCUCCUGCGCUCGUGCUCUGUGUGUCCGUCACCGUUCACCUCGCGCAAGCUCAGCUUCAGUUGCGCGUGCGCCCGUCGCCUAGCGAUCACCUGCCGGUACCGGACCUGCACGAGGACCCUGACCCGGCGCUGGAGCCGGGAGAGAGGGAUUUAGUCCCUCGGUUGCUACGGCGGAAACUCGGCAGCAGUUUUGACCCUGUCUUCUCUUCGAUCGGUCCACCGACGCGGGGUAACGGGUCCGAAAUCACGCGAGAGGACGAGAUCAGUCUCGCCGGACCGAUUCCCCGUGAAUUUCAGCAACUGGAUUUCUCUAGUCUUAAAGCAGCACCGAAAACGGAGCGCAGGGUGCGCCGGUGGUUGUGGUCUUACACCCGGUGCCCGGUGCUGUCGAUGUGGAAAGAUCUGGGCGUGCGUUUCUGGCCGCGAUACGUCAAAGAAGGACAGUGCUCGACCGAACGCUCGUGCUCUUUACCGGAGGGGAUGUUUUGUAAACCGGUGCAGUCCGUGAGCAUCACUCUCCUCCGGUGGCACUGCCAGCAGGGCUCUCGCGCGCUCAAGCGCUGCGCGUGGAUCCGCGCGCACUACCCGGUGAUUUCACAGUGCGCCUGCGCGUGCUGAAACUUCCCACAGCCAGAUCGUUUUAAUGAAUAUAAAAUGGUUUAGAACAUUAUAAAUUCGUAUUCCUUUCUUUUGAUUUUAGGGUGAAUAUGAAUCGGACUUGUUCUUGUCACUCACCCAUUUAACUCUGACAAGGUGGACUUUACUAAUAGAAAUUAAUUUGUGAUUGUGCAUUCGGCUAAGCUGUUUUAAAUUAUAUUUAUCUGUGAACAUGUGAAGAAAAUCUUUGAUGACGAAAGAAAAAGACAA